AUGUCACAAAUAAGAAUGCCCAAUCUUCAAGAAAUCGAACAACUUAACAUCAAUGAGUUUGCCAAAAAUAUCUCUAAUGGCAGAAAAUGCUUGAAUGCCUUCUUUGUUUAUCGAAAAGUAUAUACCAAACGGGCCAUAGCAAGUGGAGUAAAAAUGAAGAUGACUGAAAUCUCCAAAUUAGCUGGCCAAGCAUGGAAAAACGAGGAUCUGAAAGUGAAAAAAGCCUAUACGGACGCUUCAAAAAGAAUCGACAAAGUGUUACAGAAAAAGAGACAAAAAUGCAUGACUUACAGUUUUAUCUAUGAGAACAUGACAAAUGUCCAACCAUCUAUUCCACCAUCCCCUAUCGAAUCCCCGAUAGAAUCCCCUAUAUUAACUCCAUCCUACAAUGGUUCAAUGCCAGGCACUCCUCCCAAUGAAGUGAUUUCAUUUCCCACUGAAGGACCUCCGUUUUUCAACGAACAUUCAUUUUUCAACGGAGAAGUUUCGAUUUUCAAUGGAGAACCUUUGUCUUUCAAUGGAGAACCUUUGGCUUUCAAUGGAGAGCAUUUGGCUUUUAAUGGAGAACCUACAUUCGAUGUAAAUCUAUGUUACAACUUUUUAACUGUAGAUCAAAUAAUCGACCUUUAUCUCACUGCAAAGGAAAAACAAGUCGUUACCGCUUUUAAAAUUAUAAUGAAUCAAUUGCUUAUACCAAAAAUUAUAAGCAAAAUUCAAGAUAUACAAGAAAUUGCGUUUUAA